AUGGUGACUCAUUAUCAAGCAAUCGACGUUGGUAUUGCUCCAACCAAUAAUCUUGCAACUGAAAAUACCUCUUUGCUAACAAGAGCACCGUCUCCUCAGAAGAAUUCGACAAUAUGGGCAAAAGCCUCUCAAUAUCAGUCCUUCAAAUUACUACCUUCCCUUUUCUUAGGUGCUAUCAUUUGGUUCGGCGUACAACCCACUGACGAGCUGACUUUGACAGCCAUUCAUUUACUCGCUGUUUUCAGCAGUUGCAUUUGUGCUCUUAUCACUACGUCUGUCGAUAUUUCCAUGCUUGUGUUAACUGGUCUUACACUCUUGGCCGUCACUCACUCUUUUGAAUGCAUCGACCAUGCCACAGGCGACCAUACAGAAUGCCGACUUUGCGGCGAAGUGAACCCUUUGACAGGAGAUCUGUUCGAAUGCCAGCCUAACAAAGAAUCAUUUGAAAAAUCAUUGGAAGGCUUUUCAAGUUCGGUCGUUUGGCUUAUCUUUGCUGCUUUUCACCUUGGUAAAGCAGUAGAAGUCACCAAAUUGGGUAGAAGAAUUUCAUUAAUGAUGAUUAAAGCUUUCGGAAAGCAUACAUUGGGUCUCGCUUAUGCUAUUGUUUUGUCUGAAUUGUUACUCGCGCCAUUUGUACCGAGCAAUACAGCCCGUGGUGGUGGUAUAGUUUUACCAGUAGUCCAAUCGAUUGCUACGACGUUAGGGUCUACACCUGACCAUCACCCUGAACUCGGCAGCUUCUUGACCCUGGUGGGGAAUCAUGCCAAUCUUUUGUCCGCCUCCCUCUAUCUUACAGGUAUGGCAGCCAAUCCUAUCGUUGUGGCCAAAGCCAAUCAACUCUUCGAUAUUGAUUUCGGCUUUAUGACCUGGUUACAAGGCAGUAUUGUUCCCGCUGCGAUAUGCGCUAUUUCUUUACCUUUGAUUAUACGGUGGAGUUUGGGGCUGAAUACGCAAACACCCACCAGAGGAAAACAUGCACGUGGUGGUGAUAAUGUAGUUCAACAUGCUCAAAUGGAGCUGAAUAAAAUGGGUCCUGUGUCGUUGAAAGAAUGGCAAUUAUGCUUUGUCUUGGUAGGAUGUCUAGGUAUGUGGGUGACUUCCAGUUUCACGCAUGUAGAUUCUACUUUGGUAGCUUUGCUUGGCAUUGUGGCUCUUUUGCAUAUGGAGACGAUUACUUGGAAGGAUGUCUCCAGCAAUACAAGUGCAUGGGACACUCUGUUCUGGUUAGGCGGCUUCGUUACCAUCGCUCAGCAACUGUCAGAAGCAGGUGCCUCUUCUUUUCUUGGCCAUCAAAUUUCCCAAACGAUUGAGCGCUUUCAUCUACCCGCUCUCCCUGCGCUUGCCAUCGCUUACUUUCUCACUACAUUCAUGUUUUCCUCCCUCAGUGCCCAUACGGUCGCUUUUGUUGGUACCUUUUUAGAUGCAGGUCAUGCCUUAGGGGCCAAACCAAUGGUGCUCACUGCUUUCAUUUCUUAUUUUGGCGCUUUGGGUGGAUGCAUGACGAAUUUCUCAACAGGCAUGGCAGCAAUGUAUUAUGCUCCAGGUUAUGUGCCACGUAGCAAAUGGUUUAUUGUAGGAGCCCAGAUGGCUCUGUUUUAUUUGGCUGUCUAUUUCACAGUGGGGUUGUCCUGGUGGUCAUUUUUGGGUUGGCUAUAG